AUGGCGCCCCGCAAGCAACGAGCGAACUCACCCGAGUUCCCCGUGCUAGAGGCCAAUGCCCUCUAUGCUGGUGAGAUCAGAGGCGAUGGCAACUGUCUAUUCAACGCCUUGUCCGACCAGCUCUUUGGCCACCAAGAAAUGCACGAGGUCCUGCGUACUGCAACCAUCGAGCAUAUGCGAGACAACUCAGACUUCUACCGCCAGUACAUGGCAGUUAAUAGCGUGCGGAGAAAUCCUAAACGCAAGACCACCACUGCUGUGCCCACGCGCAUCGACACAACAUAUUUUACCGAAGAGCAGCUGCAACAGCAGUUUGAGGAACACGUCGAGAAGAUGGGACAGCCCGGCGAGUGGGCUGACAACAUGGAAGUUUCCGCGUUUGCGUCGGCUCUAAAUGUCCACGUUCGCCUCUGGCAGGCUGACUACACCUACCUCUUCUCGCCUCGGGUACACUACACUAUUGGUGACGAUCCCUCCGCUGCAGACGAUCGACAAACACUCCACAUUGCAUAUCACACCUGGGAACACUACUCCUCUGUCCGCAACCUAGCAGGGCCCCAUACAGGGAAGCCCGAAGUCCAUAUCGUACCAGAGAUGAUCUCGAAGAAGCGCCCCAGCCCCAGUGUAGACGGUGACGACGACGACCAGCGUCGGCGGGCCAGAAAGCGCCGUUCGCCUCUCCCAUUGUUUGACUCGGAUUCCACACCAGAGGGCACCGAAAGCUCGUCGGACGAGUCGAACGGACCCAUGGCAUCACAGCAAUCACAAGCACAUGUCCCACCGCCAGAGAACUACGUCAAGCCGCAGAAGUUGACCAUCAAGCUCCGCGGUCUCCGAACCACAGACGCUUCUCCCUUGCCAUCCCGAACCCCCGCCUUUGCCGCCUCCGCCGGCAACGAAACCCUUGAACGAAACACUGACGACUGUAACGUCGUGAUAGAGCACCACGUUGGAUGA